UUUUAUUGGGUUUGUUUCAAAUACGGACAAACUACAUACAAUAAUUGCAUAAGUGCUUUAGAGGAGUGGAGAGCGAUUAUUCAGGUACGUGUUGGUCUCCUCCAUUAUCAGAAGAUGAGAAGAUUUCAUUAUUGAACGACCUUGUAUUUGAAUUUUGUUCAAUUCUUAUCCACAUUAGCUUAGCUAGAAAAGCGCACUAGGCGAUUUCUGUUCUUCAACUAUUUUUCUUCUUUGGGUUAUGUUUAAUGGGGUUCUACUAUUGCUGCUUCUCUUUGUUUUGGUCAUUAGCUUACCUGGUAGCGAUUAUAGAAUUAUGCCCAUCUUUAGUUGAAGCAUCAUCAGCUGGUGCGAGGAGGCAGAUUGGGCCUUUAAUUAACGUGACCAAGCAUCUCUCCUUCCCAUAUUUCAGGUUGUAUGAACCUGGAAUUAUAAAUGAGAUUAAGCUUCUAGGCAGUGCCAAGUUGUCAUAUGAAAACGGUGCCAUCCAAAUUCCAGAUGAAUCCCAAGUUACUGAUCUAAGACAUCAAGCUGGCCGAGCCAUCUACUCUUUUCCAAUCCGUCUUCUUGAUCCAUUCACUAGAACUCCUGCUUCCUUCGAGACCUCAUUUUCUUUUCGGUUUAGUAACUCCAUUACUACUCAUGUCAACUCCUCCAAUGUUUCUUCCACUGGCGGAGGCAGUGGCCUUGCCUUCAUUAUAGUCCCUGAUGAAUUCACUGUGGGUAGGCCUGGACCUUGGCUAGCUAUGCUUAAUGAUGCUUGUGAGGACAACUACAAAGCAGUAGCUAUUGAAUUUGACAACCGUCAGAAUCCAGAAUUUGGAGACCCAAAUGACAACCAUGUUGGGAUCAAUCUUGGCAGCAUCAUUUCUACAUCGACUGUUAAUGCUUCUGAUGUUGGUAUCUCCCUCAAGGAUGGCUCGGUUCACCAAGCUUGGAUUGCAUAUGAUGGUCCUCGCCGCUGGAUGGAUAUACACCUGGGAUCCAAACCAAUCUUCUCCGGUUCUCUUGAUCUCUCUCCCUUUCUCAAUGAAUACAUGUUUAUAGGAUUCUCGGCUUCCACAGGGAAUUUGACCCAAAUCCACAGUAUAUUCUCGUGGAACUUCACCUCCACCAGCCAAGCCUCGCUUCUUAUGCCAUCUGUGGAAACGUGCGAGAGUAAGAUUACUCGCCAAACUAGUGGUGUUCAAAGUUCACAGUCACACACCUCAAACGCAGAACCUCAAAGCAGUUUCUUGAUUUUCAUUGCUGUGAUGGUGCUGGCUCUGGCUGUAUUUGCCAGUCUUUUCUUUGGCAGGCGCAGAAAUGAUCAGUCCCAGACCGUGGCUCUUCCAGACAAAAAGCAAAGGCCGAGGCCUCCCAAUAAACCCCGCCGCUUCAACUUUCCUGAAGUUUCCACAGCCACUCGGUGCUUCCAUGAGUUGGAAAUACUGGGUAGCGACUCCAGAAGUAUUUACUACAGAGGGAAGCUUUCAAAUGGUUGCCAAGUGGCCGUUAAACGUUUCUCGGCUCAAUUUUUGAACUCACAGCUGGGAUUAGAUAGGCGAAGAUUACUCAAAGAAAUCAGUGCCAUGAGCCGAGUUCGUCACCCCAAUUUGGUCCCCAUUAGAGGAUGGUGUCAGGACAAUCGAGAAACUAUGGUUUUGUACGAAUUCUAUCCAAAUGGAAGCUUAGAUAAGUGGUUGUUCGGAGUUGGUGUGCUUCCCUGGACUCGGCGGUUUAAGGUGGUGAAAGACGUCGCUGAUGCUCUCAGUUUCCUCCACUCUAGGCACCUUGCUCAUAAGAACAUGAAAGCCAGUAGUGUCUUUCUUGAUGUUAGCUUCAGGGCAGCUUUGGGCGACUUCGGUUUCGUGCUUUCCCACACGGAGUCAAGGCGUUUCGAAGCAGCGGUGAGUCAAAAGGCUGAUGUGUUUGAGUUCGGCAUUUUUGUGUUGGAAGUGGUGUCAGGGAGAGGUAGGUUGGACAGUGAAGUGAGCCAAGAAGAGAAGGACUUGGUAGAUUUUGCAUGGAGAAUGCACGAGACAGAUGAGAAAUCGAGAAUAGUGGAUAGAAGGAUGGGCUCGGUGGUGAACUUGGAACAGGCAAUAAGAGUAUUGGAGAUUGGAUUGCUUUGUACACUAAAUGAGAGUAAAGGUAGGCCUUCUAUGGAGGAAGUGGUGGGUUUCUUGAGCUUGGAAAUGGCAACUCCUGAGUUGCCACCAAGUAGACCUGUUUCUUUGUUUCCCUACGAUAGCGCUAAUGGCUUAUGUACCGGCUAUUCAUGCUCUCCUUUUAAGUGAAUCAUACUAUCACUGUAAUUGUAAACAAAAAAUUAAAAAUGGAAGACAUUGGAAGCUGCUUUAGUCGGUUAAAAACCGCAAA